GUGCUAAUCCAGUUUAAAGAAGCCCUAUCAUCCUGGUAUUGUUAGGAUUCUGUACUGACUGUUCCUGGGGGAAAUUUUAAGCUCACUCGGUGGUGACCAUUGAUGCAACAAGGUUGCAUUAUUGUGUAUUUAGGUGCAUAAAUUCUUUGGUGCUGCAUUUUUAGGAUACAACGUACCUAAUAAUGAUGCAAUUGCAUCAUUUUUUCCACAUUGGUUAUGGUCUGGUGAUUGGUACAUUCCUCCUUAUGAUGUGGAUUUCCUAUGUGGAGUCCAAAGACGCCGAGUUUUCGAGAUACCCUCCAUGUUACUUCAACAGUUUUUGCAGAUGCUCGAAAUCAAUGCCUGACCUAGGAAUUGUUCAUUGCGAGAAUGUACAUCUCCCGAAAAUACCAGAAUCCGUUAAUAUAUCGAAAGUGUUCAAGAUUCAUUUGAUCAACAAUGGUUUGAGGACUAUCGAGCCGUAUUUUUUACAAAGCACAGGUCUAUAUAAAAUAGAAAUAAGCCAUAACCCCCUGUAUAUUAUUCCUGAUGAGGCAUUUAUGGGACUCGGAAAAUCUCUCUGGGAACUCGAUCUAAGUCAUGAUCAUCUAACUGUAGUUCCAACAAGAGCAAUGAAAUAUCUACAGAAACUUAAGGUCUUGGAUCUCACUGGAAACGAUAUCAUUAAGAUAUUCCCAGAAAACUGGCGUGGUCUAGGAAAUACUCUUCAGACUCUCAUUCUGGCUGACAAUUCCAUAACGAACCUCCAGGCAGAUCUGUUCUCCGGUCUGAACGAGUUAGACACGUUAGAUUUGGCUGGAAACAAUUUAAAAGAAAUCGAUCCUUCGGUAUUCAGGGACGGAAUGGAAAAAUUGUCGAAUCUUUAUUUGGCUAACAACCAGUUGGGAAAUAUCCCCUAUCAGGCCAUAUACCCUCUGAAAACACUGAAGGAUCUGGACUUGAGCUACAACAAAAUAACAACCAUGAAUCCUUUCAUCGAGGUUGGGGUUCAAACCGUCAAUUACAACUUCGCUUUGAAUUUGGACGAGCUGAGAUUGGAGUACAAUCAGAUAACAGAGCUUCCGCCUGGAUCUUUCUUGCUGUUCAACGUCCUGAAUAAGACCUAUUUGGAUGGAAACAAUCUUGGACAUAUAGGGGACAAUGCGUUUCGCCAAGCAAGGAUAAAAGAAUUAUACAUCAGAAGAUGCAGUAUAACAGAAUUAUCACCCAUUGCCUUCGAUGGACUAGAAGAUUAUCUAGAAAUACUCGAUUUAUCUGGGAACAGUUUGGAACAAAUACCAAUUGAUUUAUUCGACAGGAUGACACAACUCAGGAGCUUAUUUCUUGGUGACAAUCGAUUGAAAAGUUUGAAUGCUGCAGAUUUAUUCAAUAGUUUUCUCUUCACUCUGAACCGUUUGGAUGUAACUGGAAGAGAAAAUCCAGACAUUUCCCUGCAAGAAAUCCGUAGGUUGAAAGGUCUCAGAUUGUUGUCACUAACAAAAGUGAGCAAAAAUUCGCUAGGACCAGAUGAUUUCAAAGAGUUUGGGGUCGACCUGCAGGAGCUUGAUAUAGUUAAUGGUGGCUUGCAGACAAUACAAAGCCAUACAUUCAGAUAUGUGCAUGGCUUGAGAAGCAUUGACUUUUCCGAAAAUGGUAUAGGAAGCAUUGAACCCAACGCAUUUUACGACAUCGGGCACUCCUUGGUCAGUUUGAAGAUCUCCCAUGGUCUCUCGUCUAAUAUGCAGAAUAUUCCUGUCGAACCCUUCAAACAGCUAACAAACCUAGAGGAACUCGAUCUCAGCAAUAACAAAAUCCGAAAUGUACCAGACACUUCUUUCCACUUCUUGAAGAAAUUACGGUCUCUGGAGUUACAAGAUAACACUAUCGAGAAUCUGCAAAAAGGUACUUUCCAGGGAGACAUACAUUCGAAUCUGGAAGAAAUAUCCUUGUCCUUCAACAACAUCAGGACAAUCAAACAGCAUACUUUCGUCGAGCUACCAAGUUUGGAGGAAAUUCUCCUCGACGACAACAAGAUAGAAACUCUAGAGAGGAGGGCUUUCAUGAACCUGGAAACCCUCAAGGUGCUGAACCUUAAGGGCAACAAAAUUUCUAAGAUAUCCUACGAGGCUUUUCAAAACCUGCCAGAAUUGGAGGAUUUGGAUCUGUCCUACAACAAAAUGACUGAAUUCGAUUUCACUAUGUUCGAUCAAGUAGGCACCCUUGCCAUGUUCCAUGUUAACAUGAGCCAUAACGCCUUGAAAGAUCUGCAUUUUAGUAGCAUUGAAGCGGAAUAUGGUUCUAGUGGAGUUCACACCAACGUUAAAGUUCUUGACUUAUCGUUCAACAAUAUCUCUACAAUAUCGAGAGCUUUCUUCAAACCAGCUGAGCUCUCCCUGACGCAUCUUUAUCUGUGCAGCAACAAGAUCUUAAACGCCAGUAUGGAGGUAUUCGGAAAUAUGCCUCACCUACAAAUGCUAGAUAUUUCCGACAAUAUGAUCUAUGAGUUGGAAUUUGAUACUUUCAGAAACACCAGAAGAUUGCAGAUCCUUGAUGCCUCUAACAAUAGAAUAGCAGAUGUACCAAAUGACCUCUUCAGAUUUCUCAAAGAAUUACGCAUAGUGAAUCUUUCUCGCAACAGAUUGAGAGCCUUACCAGAUAAUCUGUUUAGAGAAGAUGCAAUUGAGCAUGUGGAUUUGUCCCACAACAUACUGGGAAAAUUACCUUUGAACAGCUUCUCAGUUUCAGCUGCUAGAAAUUUGUACGAGUUGGAUCUCUCGUGGAAUAGCAUCUCAUCAUUGUCUCAUGGUGGAAUGUUGUCGAGAUUCCAGAGUCUCAACUGGCUGGAUCUUUCUUAUAAUCGUCUGGCUCAAAUAGAUGCAGGUACGUUUAGAGAGCUUCCAAGAUUGUCAAAUCUGGAUCUGGGCAAUAAUAUUCAGUUGACGCUUGAACCAAAUGGACUAACAUUCCAAGGUUUGGAGGAUUCUUUGCUGCAACUAAAUUUGGACAACGUGUCUCUAUCACAGGUUCCAGUUCUUCCAACUCCUCACCUUAUAUCGCUUUCUUUGGCGGACAACUAUCUACCAACAGUACCUCCAGAAAUGGCCACCAACCUAAGUUCUUUGUGCGAGUUGAAUCUGAACAACAACGACCUAACUUCUGUACCUAUUGUUACUCAUUCUCUACCGGAAUUGAGGUACUUGUAUAUGGCUGAUAAUCCUAUAACUUCCUUGAGCAACACCAGUUUACUAGGAGUAGCUGACAGUCUGAAGGAGUUAGAUAUACGAAAUUUGGACAUCCGAGAGUUAGAGGCAGGUGCAUUUUGUAAGCUGAGCUCACUGAGGACUUUGAGUAUAAGUUUUUAUCGUAACUUGAAAAAUUUCAAUAUUCCUAAGCUUCUUAUGAACAACUGUGCCUUGGAGGAAUUGGAAGUGAAUGUUGAUAUGGCUACUGAACAAAAUCUGGAGAAAGAGAUGGCAGGUUAUUUUCCCACAAAUUUGAAGAACAUGACGUUAUCUGGAGCUGGUCUGAAGAAGCUGGGCACAAAUGUAUUCAAGGGUAUAAGAAGUCCAGUUUUCCAUCUGUGCUUGCAGAAUACGAGUAUCAAAACUCUUGGUUCAGAUUUAUUCCAGAAUUUCGGAGAGGUAGAGAAUAUUACGAUUGAUUUGAGGGAGAAUCCCAUGAUCAAGGGUCUUCAGAAUCCAUCAACCGGAAGUAAGCCAAUGUUGAACAAGAGGAUCUUUCUGCUUGAUCUUCAGAUAUCUGGUGGCAAUUGGGAAUGUAACUGUGAACUGGGAUGGAUCGAAGUAUGGCUGAGAAAAAAACGACAGUACCUCUGCAGUCAACCCAGUCAUUCUUCUGGUUCUGACGACGACCACGACUGUAGGUUUGCUAGUGAUGAUCUGAGGGAUGCACAGUGCGGCAAUAGAAAUAAUCAAAGCUUGUUGGAAAUAUUGAAGACAGAUAUUGAAUGUGGCUGGAGUUCCUCCUCAUGUUAUAAGUUCUCAGUUAUUUUAGUUUCAAUUUUACUUUUCGUCAACUGGUUAGCCGUUUAAAUCAUUUAAGAAGAAAUCUACCAAUCAAUCUUAUUGGUACCACAAUGUCAUCAAUCGAUCAUUUCUUCAAAUCCAUGCCUAAAAUAUGGACCCCAUGAUCAAUCGAAUAAGGUACUUAAAAUGGUGAUUGUAAAUGUUGUUUAUCGCAACUUCAGAUUUUUAUUAUUAUAUAAUAAACAUAUUAUAUACCCAAAUAUGAGAGUUGCUUAUUUUUGUAUGAAAAGCAUUAUAUAAUAAAAAUUAGGGUCACUCAGCUGUUGGGAGUUGAAAGAUAAAAUUCAUCCACUUAAGUAGGUAAUUAGGUAGUAAUUUAUAUUUUUUUUAUGGUAGUUAUCUCUGGAAGGAGGAAAGGGUCCUUUAUUAGGGUAACUUUAUUAGACUGCCUAAAAAAACUGCAUUAUACUCAAGAGCACAUAUAUUUUAUGAUCUUAUAAUAUAAUAAUCAAUUAUGAUAAAUAUGUUUCUGGAACAUUUUUACCAUUAGUCUUCGUUUUUAUUCGAAUAUUCCUAUCAAUGUUAUGUACAUAUUUAUACAAUAAAAUAAGUUAUAUAAUACACAUGUAAUAAUAAAGUACAUAUCUAAUUUUAAAACUACUACUAUUAUAAGUAUGUUUGGUCUAAAGUGACUGGAAGAAAUUUAUCUUGUGUUCAUCCGGUAUACUUAUGUUAAGUUAAUGUGACAUUGGAUUCGAUGAAUAAAUUCGUUGUGU